AAUCCUGAAGGCGACCUGAGUUCCUGCCACAUAGGAGGGAACAUGGAGAGAUCCAACCAGACCUCCCCUGUGACCGGCUUCAUUCUUUUAGGCCUCUCCGCCCACCCAACGCUGGAGAAAACCUUCUUCCUGCUCAUCCUGCCCAUGUACCUGGUGAUCCUGCUGGGCAACGGGGUCCUCAUCCUGGUCACCAUCCUCGACUCCCACCUGCACACGCCCAUGUACUUCUUCCUGGGGAACCUCUCCUUCCUGGACAUCUGCUACACCACCUCCUCGGUCCCCCUCAUCCUCGACAGCUUCCUGACCCCCAGGAAGACCAUCUCCUUCUCAGCCUGUGCAGUGCAGAUGUUUCUCUCCUUUGCCAUGGGAGCCACGGAGUGUGUGCUCCUGAGUAUGAUGGCAUUUGACCGUUAUGUGGCCAUCUGCAACCCCCUCAGGUACCCAGUGGUCAUGAGCAAGGCUGCCUAUGUGCCCAUGGCCAUCAGCUCCUGGGUGGCUGGAGGCAUCACAGGCACAGUGCAGACAUCUUUGGCAAUGCGCCUGCCUUUCUGUGGGGACAAUGUCAUCAAUCACUUCACCUGUGAGAUCCUGGCUGUCCUGAAACUGGCCUGUGCUGACAUCUCCAUCAAUAUCAUCAGCAUGGGGGUGGCCAACAUGAUCUUCCUGGCAAUCCCAGUCCUCUUCAUCUUUGUCUCCUACAUCUUCAUACUCACCACCAUCCUGAGGAUCCCCUCUGCUGAGGGGAGGAGGAAGGCCUUCUCCACCUGCUCUGCCCACCUCACUGUGGUGAUCGUCUUCUAUGGGACCAUCCUCUUCAUGUACGGGAAGCCCAAGUCCAAGGACCCACUGGGGGCAGACAAGCAGGACCUCACAGACAAGCUCAUCUCCCUCUUCUAUGGGGUGGUGACCCCCAUGCUGAACCCCAUCAUCUACAGCCUGAGGAACAAGGAUGUGAGGGCUGCUGUGAGGAGCCUGCUGAGUCAGAAACACUUCAAGCAGUGAUGGUGAAGGGCCGCAAUGGUUCUUGUAUAAUCCUUCAUCAAGAACUAUACAAUAAAUCCCAAUCCACAGAAGGGCGCUGUAUGAAUGGGAAGACAUUAAUGGCAAUUCUCCCACCUCAUUCUGGGAGCAGUUCCCCCAGUGUGCAUGGCCAUUGAACACUCUGGGUAUCACACAUUGUUUUUGAAGAUUUUUAAACAUUAUCUAUGUGUUUGUAUGUGAGUUUAUGUGCACCACAUGCAUGAAGGAAUCCACAGAGGCCAGAAGAGGGUGUCAGAUUCUCUCUCCACCAGAACUGGAGUUACAGGUGGCCAUGACUACCAUGUGGGCGCUGGGAGCUGAAUCAGAUCUUUGGCAAGAACAGUAAGUUCUCUUAACCACUGAGCUGUCCUCCAGCCCACAUUUCAUGAAUGCUAGCAAUAUAGAGGCCAAGAAAAAUGAACAUUCAUCCAGCAAGAGGCUCUAACUCAGGCUUCCCGAUUCCUCGCCUCAGCUUCUCUGCAAAUACUGACAAUAGUUGAUGUGUCCCCGCUCUCUCCCUGCCUCCCUUCCUCUCUCCCUCCCUCUCUCCCUCCUUCCUUUCUUUGGGAGGACAGAAUCUCACUCUGAAGCUGAGGCUGGUCUCAAACUCAGGAUCUCCCGGCCUCUGCCUGUGUCUUUCCGUUUACAUUAAGUUGUAGUUUGAUAUACCACGUAGCACAGUACCUGGCAAUAGCUGCCUUUUCCUUGUCUAUCCAUAAUAAUACAAAUGCUUA